UGUGUUCGUCGUCUCAUAUAUUGAAUGCCCGAGCCGGUUGCCGGUAGAAUUUGUCUUUUUAUUCUGAAACUAAACAGUCACCGCCACAACCAUCCUCUCAAGCACCUGGCCGUACACCUGCCGACCGUCAACGAUUUAGCACGAGACCUCCGGGCAUCACACACGCUCUAUCAGGAUGAAAAUCGAGAACAGCCUGCCCCGCCCUCAGCUCCCAGAGGCCCCGCCCCAGACGGGCCUCCAGUUCACCGUGGCGACGGAGGAGGACUUUGAGGAGAUCAUGGCGAUGAGCCAGGACAUCUACGGAGGCCUGGACUACCUCCCUACUCGCUACCAGGCCUGGCUACAGGAGAGCAACCGUAUCGUCAUCCUGGCCCGCAAGCAGGGGAAAGUGAUUGCGCUGGAGUCGGUGUGUGUGAUUGACGACGGGGAGACCAUGCUGGUGGAGGGGCUGCGAGUGGCACCUCAGGAGAGGGGCAAGGGCGUGGCGGGGGUGCUUCUGCGCUUCUGCUCCCAGCUCGUCAAGUCCAAGUUCCCCGAGGUCAAGGUCAGCCGUCUGACCCGCGACGACCAGCUGGGGCCCAAGGACUUCCAGAAGUACCGCCUCAUCACCAAACAGGGCAUCCUAUUGGUCCGUUUCCGCGCAGAGGACCUCAAGCUCCGCCUCUCCGAGCUCGGCCCCGACGUGGGCCUCACCCCCUCGCCCCCCUCCUCGGCCCCCUCCUCGGCCCCCGCGGCUGCCCCCGUUCUCCUGGACCCCGCGGAGGUCCUCAGCCUGUUCCUAUCCUCAGGGAGCCUCCAACAAGUGCUCCCUAACUUCACCAUCGUCCAGGACUGGCAGCCUUUCAAGCCUCUGCCUAGCAACAUGGACAUCCUGCUGAAGAAGGACAUUGAUUGGCUGGUGGACGACGCCUCUGCUCCUUCCGUCGCCAGCCUCUGCACCCACCCCUUCAGGGUCCCCAUCGGAGAGGACUGGUUCUACCUCAACAUCGACAUGUUCGGGAAGGACCCCGGAUUGGUUCUCCAGCAGUUCCUGACUCACCUGAGGCGACACACCUGCGCCCUGAAGGGUCACGUGAUGUGUCAGAUGUUCCUGGACCCGCCCCUUUGGAAGCCGAUGUCAGAGUUCUGCCGCAACACCCUGGGGGUGGAGCUUGUGAAAGGCUACACGGAGCAAUGCGUGGUGGAGGCUGACGUUGUGUAGUUCUGAUUGGUGGAGGAGGAGGAAGUGGAGGAGGAGGAGGAAGUGGAGGGAGCCAGAAGGGAGACAAGAUGGAGGAUGAAAUAAAAGAAGAUAUUCCAUGGACCCAACCGCAACACACAACACAUUUACAAAGAGUUCCCCCUGAGGAUCAAUCGGAGGGAUUCGAAAACAGUUUGAAGGCGCUACGGAAAUUGAUUCAGAGGCUGCUUUAGAUUUGCAGUGUUUGAUUUAACACAACACUAACAUUUUACAAAACUAUCUUAGAACAGGGCAUUUCUAAAAAAAAUACUUUAAAAAAAGUUUAUAAUUCAUUCAGUCGCUCACUCAUUGCACAAAUCUAACAUGAAACAUGCUUUGGGGGGGAGGGGGGGGGGGAUUGAUGCAAGCAAGCUUAGGGUUUAUCUCUCCUUUUAUUCCUCUUCUUUUUGUAAAUAUAAAGUAUAAAUAUGUACACAUUUCUGAGUUGAAAAUAAGUCUGCACAUCUCGAGGCACUUUAUGUAUACCGUACGGGCUGCCACGCUGAAGUUUGAGUGACAGUAGUCUGUUACUAUAGCGACAGUUAGCUACGCUGGCUAAUCAGUUAGCUACUGUUGCUAAGUCCGUUAGCUACUGAGUUAACUACAUACGUUUGCUACAUAAACUAGCAAGCUAUGAAGUCAACUAGCUACGUCACACUCCAACAUUAUAGGAAAUUCUUCAGGACCGUCUGUCACCCAAUCCCUCAAAACAACGAACAAAUAAAGUAGCCCACUAGUCAAACUAAGAGAGCAUUUGCACGCUUUUUCCCACAAAAUGGAACAUCUUUUACUUAGAGCUAACAGACUAGCUCACAUGCUAAACCUGGCCAGUUUUGCUUUUUAAAUACAACUGUAAUUAGUUUAUUUUAUGUUGAUGCACUCGACCAUUUUGCUAAUUUAUGACUUUCACUUGUACUUGAAUGCUUGAGUUAUUUCUAAAAAUUUAAAUUAAUAUAUUAACAACUAAAGCUUUAUGGAAGCUUUUUAAAUGUGCAAUCUAAGCUUUCCUCUUGUAGAUUGCUAACUUCAGCGUUAAAAUGUUAGAUGAACUAAUGUGCAAAGACUACUAAACAACUGAACUAAUAGAGUGAGAAUAACUUUGACAAUAACGAAAAUGUUAAGUGUUGCUGUAAUAUUUAUCUUGAGCGUCACCGCAGGACAGGUUAGGUCCUCCUACUAAACGUUACCUCCUCAUGAUUGUCAGUUGACAUAUUCAAGCUCAGGCUAAAGUCAAUCUUACAUGCUGUCAAAUCCAGCCUCCUCUCCCGUCGAAUCCAUUCAGGAAUACCACUAAGAUGCUAUGAGACCCCUCUUUGAAUCCUCCAUUAGGAGCAUCAUAACACCGCAAGACGCUUCAUAAGUUUCAGCCAAGGUAUUUUUUAU